UUUCAGAAUGAUGUUUUCCUCAAUAGAUUCUCUUCUUAAAAUCUCAACUUCUUCUCAAAAUGAAGAUCAAAAAUUAGAGAGUCACCCCUCCCCUCCAUCACAAAUUCCAAAUUAUUCAACCAGCUGCUCUGAGGAAUUAAUGAAAAUGGCGGCAAAAGCAGCCCAAUUUGCUGCUCAAGCCUCGCUGGAGAACUCAUUUUCCAGUUCUACUUCUCCCACAUCAACUGUUACUCCACUUUCUGCAUACACGUCACUGGUUCAGCCGGUCCUUCCUUUGAUCUACGAUCAUUUAGCAUUAACAUAUUCAGUAAAUGCAUGGCAAGCAUGGGGAAAGAUGAGAAGACCACGAACCGCAUUCAGCAGUGAACAAUUAGUUCAAUUAGAGAAACAAUUCUCAGAUAAUCGAUAUUUGAGUAGACCAAGAAGAUAUCAAUUGGCACAACAAUUAUCUCUUUCAGAGACUCAGAUCAAAAUCUGGUUCCAAAAUCGUCGAAUGAAAAACAAACGUUGCCCAUCUUCAACUCCAAUUCAAUCAACUUCCUCUUCUUGAUAAUCUUUUUAUAUUUGAUCACUUUUACUUAAUAAAUUCUUAAUCAAAAGACAA